AUGACCAUCCAUGUAGAGGGGCUUGUGGCUAUCGCGAUCUUCUAUCUACUGAUCCUGGUUGUGGGCAUCUGGGCGGCAUGGAAGAACAAACACUCCGGGGAGGCGGAGGGGACCAACCGCAGCGAGACCAUCAUGGUGGGAGGGAGAGACAUCGGAUUAUUUGUCGGUGGAUUUACCAUGACAGCGACCUGGGUUGGAGGAGGAUAUAUAAAUGGCACAGCUGAGUAUGUGUAUCUACCUGAUUAUGGCUUGGCUUGGGCACAAGCUCCCUUUGGAUAUGCCCUCAGCCUUGUUGUGGGUGGCCUUUUUUUCGCUAAGCCCAUGCGCUCAAGAGGUUACGUCACCAUGUUGGACCCCUUCCAGCAGAUAUAUGGGAAACGUAUGGGUGGACUCCUCUUCAUACCUGCACUCAUGGGAGAGAUCUUCUGGUCUGCUGCCAUCUUAUCUGCCCUUGGUGCCACUCUGAGUGUCAUUGUGGACAUCAACAUCAAGAUGUCAGUGGUUAUCUCAGCUCUCAUUGCAAUCUUUUACACCCUGGUUGGAGGACUUUACUCUGUGGCCUAUACUGACGUGGUGCAGCUCAUCUGUAUCUUUAUCGGCCUGUGGAUCAGUGUCCCUUUUGCUUUGACCAACCCCGCGGUGUCAGACAUCACCGUUACUGCGGUGAAGCAGGUGUACCAGUCUCCUUGGAGAGGCAGCAUCGGCAAGAACGACACCUGGGUCUGGAUCGACAACUUCUGCCUCCUGAUGCUUGGAGGAAUACCCUGGCAGGUGUAUUUCCAGAGGGUCCUGUCGGCCUCCUCGGCCACCUACGCCCAGGUCCUCUCCUUCCUGGCUGCUUUCGGGUGCCUGGUCAUGGCCGUGCCCUCCGUUCUCAUCGGGGCCAUUGGGGCCUCCACAGACUGGAACCAGACGAGUUAUGGGGCCAUCGCUCCUAAAGAUAGGGACCAAGCCGACAUGAUUCUACCCAUCGUGCUCCAACAUCUUUGCCCUCCAUUCGUCUCUUUCUUCGGACUUGGUGCAGUGUCUGCAGCUGUCAUGUCCUCCGCAGACUCAUCCAUCCUUUCAGCAAGCUCCAUGUUUGCCAGGAACAUCUACCAACUUGCUUUCAGACAGUCCGCGUCUGACCGUGAGAUCGUAUGGGUGAUGCGCAUCACUAUCUUUGUAUUCGGUGGCCUUGCUACACUGAUGGCGCUUGUGACCGGGACAGUUUACGGGCUGUGGUACCUGAGCUCAGAUCUGGUUUACGUCAUCAUCUUCCCCCAGCUGAUCAGCGUGCUCUUUGUCAAAGGCACCAACACGUACGGCUCUGUGGCUGCCUACCUGUUCGGCAUGCUGCUGCGUAUAGGUGGAGGUGAGCCCUACCUGCGGAUGCCCCCUUUCAUUUAUUACCCUGGAUGGACCACUGAGCAGAGGAUACACCACAUGACCGGAGAGAUGGAGGAUGUGGUUGUCCAGAAGUUCCCCUUUAAGACCGUCUCCAUGUUGGCCUCCUUUCUGGGUAACGUUGCUGUCUCCUACCUGGCAAAGUACCUGUUUGAGAGCGGCAAGAUUUCACACAAAUACGACUUCCUGGAUGCAGUGGUGUCCAAGCACAGUGGAGAGAUUAUGGAUAAGACGACGCUUGUGACCCGUGGAAACAACAUUGGGCUGUCGGAGAUGGCGCCCGUCAAACCGCGGCUGAGCGUGACCUUGGCGGCGGCCUUCAAACGGCGAGACACACUGGCGGCUGAAACAGUGGAGGAGGAGGAUGAGUCCAGCCCUGAUUCCUCCCACCAUGAUGAAUAAUGACAAUCUCAGGAUGUUAUUUAAAAAAGAAAAAAACUUGAGAGUGAACUGUCAGAGAACUGGUUACUCUGUCUGACCUUCCAAAAAGAAAAAGGACGAGCAAACAUCCGCCCUUGGGACUACAGAAGUACCACAACCAGCAUGUGGUGAUACCAGCCACAUGGCGGAUGUAUAAAGUAGCAGCCUGCUAAUGUCAGGACAUGAAGUUCUCUUUCUGUGAAAUACAUCAAGCAUUCACUCAUAUAGUACUUAGAUAGUAGGGUGUACAGCAUCCGUUUUGAUUGGUCGACUUAAAGAAAACUGUCUUAUUUUAAAUGAUUUUUUCCUUAUUUAUCACUAAGAAAAAAGCAGAUCAAACUGGAGGAGACGUGAGUGCAGAUAGAGAUGCUGCAUGCAGUUUCUGCAGAGGAGAAGUAGUGCAAUAUUUGAUGAGGUAGGAAAUGGCAAGUAUUUAACAAGAAGCAAGUGAUGGCACAAGCAUAGUUGGAAGGUGGAGGGUUUACUGUAUGUACCACAUCAAUAAAAGCAAUAACACAUACACAUAGUUUGAACGCCUGUUCAAAAUAGGAUUGUGAGAGUGGAAGGAAAAAAGGAAAAGGAAAACAAAAGUAAGAAAAACCCUCAACUCAUUAAGUUUGAUACAGUUUUGACAGGCUUAUUCACAAAAACUGGUAAACACAUGAUGACUGUGAAUCAGGAAAGAAACAAUCAUUGUAUUAAGCUAAGUAGAAAAUAUACAAGUAGCAAGAGUAGUUGACUUGAAGCAUUAGCUGAUAUUCUCUUUAAUGUCAGGUGUAGAUUUUAUUCAUAACUAUCAGUGUAAAUUAGUGUUUAAAAUGAUCUUAUAUUAAGCUGCCUUAAUGAAGCUCGUAAAAACAGAAAGUUGAAUUCCCACAGUUCUGACAGGACUCUGGCUCGGAACAAAGACUUGAAUAUGAAUGUAACCUCUACAAAAAGAUCUCAAUAUAUCGAGUAGUGAACUUCUACUGCUGUUUGUGUAUGUUUUGUUUGUGAUUUUGCAAAGUCAAGCAGUAGCUAUUGUAAACAAUGUGGCGGCAGGUCCUGCUUCACGUAUAUAUUCAGCAGUACAGAAUAUUUUCACUGUGAAGUGUAUGUUUGUAUAAAUAUGGAGAAUAAUACAUAGAUAACAAAUUAUGCUGUUUAAAAAUGUUCAUAUAAGAUAGAAAGGAUGCUGUCUAAAUGUUUAUUUAUUUUUGA